AUGGCUAUAUGGAUAACCUUGGCUCGUUUGCCUCCCAUUUUCUUAUUUAGUCUAGGCUUUAUCUCCCAUAAUAACGUCUCCGUCUUAGUCUUAAUAUUCUCGUUAAUGUUUCUUAGUGUUAGCCUUCUAUCCAAAGUUCAUCCAAGUUAUCGGCCUUAUCGUGGUGUACUAAGCUAUGUUCGUGGCGACCGCCCCGGCUACCUAAACCUAGAGUUGGCCUAUGAGUUCCGCCAUCUACUCCUUAAGCUGUUGGAUCUUACUGGCCUAUACGGCCAGUACUGUGGCCUGGUUACUUAUGGGACUAGAAGCGGAGCUUCUAGUCGCGGCCCUAGAGCCUACUGA